AAUUCCACACGACAGUUAUAAUGCACCUACUUACAAUUUCAUCAACCAAAAUAGAUCUAAACUAACAGGUAGUUAAUUCCUAAAUUGUCUUCUCCUCCAAGAUUAGCAGACAUUAUAUCAGAAAAAAUGAAGCAAAAGAUUGUCAUAAAAGUACAAAUGCGCUGUGGAAAAUGCAGGAAAGAGGCCAUGAAGAUUGCUGCCAGUGCAGAAGGGGUGAUAUCAGUAACCAUGCAAGGGAAAGACAAAGACGAGAUUGUGGUGGUUGGAAAUGAGGUUGAUUCAGCUGGUUUAUGUGCGGCGUUAAGGAAGAAAGUAGGGAUUUCUAAUUUAUUGAGCGUAGAAGAAGUUAAGGAUCCAAAACCAGAAGAAAAAAAGAAAGAAGAAAAGAAAGCAGUAGAGGAGAAAAAGGCAGAGAAAGUGGAGGAGAAGAAACCAGAGAAAGAGGAAAAGAAACCAGAAAAAGAGAAGACAUCAGAAUCAAAACCAUCAACACCAGAACCAACAAUUAUUUAUCAUCAUUAUCCUCCUAAUUAUAAUUAUCCACCUCCUAAUUAUUAUGGUUGUCAAAAUCCUCCUCAGUGUUACAUGUAUACCUAUGAUGAUCAUAACCCAAGUUGCAGCGUCAUGUGAUUUAUUUAUCAUGUUAAUGAUCUCUGUAAUUUUACCCUUUUCAUUUACGAACAUAAGGGUAAAUAUUGGUAUUUAUGAGAAUAAUAAGGUAAAGUAUGUAACAUUUAAUUUAUUAAAUUUAGAUAAAAGGCAAGAAAUUGCUUCUUAUGUAUUUGAAUAUCAAGUAAUAUAUUGCCUAAAAUGUAGCUAGAACUGAUAAGGUAGCUAAAAUCGAUAAGGUGUAGCUGAAAUCGAUAAAGUAGCUUAUUAGCUUUACUGUUUGGCAGAACUAGUUGAUAGAGUUUGUGAGAAA